AUGCUCUCCUUAAAUCUAGGCAAUCAUUAUACAAAAUUCCAAGUCGACAAGGAAUUCCAAAAUGUUUCGUCGCUAUCUUCACGACAUCAACAUCAACUAGGUCCAACAUUUCAGCACGGCAAAUCACUAGAAGACUGCUUAUUUUGCAAGAUUUCUCGUGGAGCUGUACCUGAAACUAGAAUGAUUUGGCAGGAUACCAGUUUUGUUGCUUUUCAUGACAAUAAACCGGCAUCUGUCACUCACAUAUUGCUUAUUCCGAAACACCACAUUCUUUCUAUAAUGGACCUCACAUACAAGGAUUUGCCUCUCAUAUGCGCCAUGAAGGACAUUGGAUCGCAAAUACUUGGUGAUGCUCUACAGAUCAAGCAGUCACGAAUCAAGAUUGGCUUCCAUAUCCCACCGUACAUAUCAGAGACGCAUUUACAUCUACACUUGAUUGGGUUGCCGUGGAAGAGGUUCUGGAAGGCCAAGAGGUAUAAAGAUGGCACGCCACGAUGGGUGAAUAUAGACGACUUGAUAAAUACGCUGAGAAGGAAGAAAGCGGAUGGUGAUGUGAGCGCUUGGUCGUUGCCUUGA